AUGCCCGAGGCUGGCUACAUUCCACAACGGGCGCUGUCCAAAUUUGCGCCGUCAGCGGGGCCGGACCUGCACGCCGUGCACGCGCACUGCUUCUGCAACCAGUACGACCCGACGAGCAACCCCGGAGGCAUCGUGGCGCUCGCAAUCGCCGAAAACAAGCUCAUGCGCGACGAGAUCUGCGCGCACGUCAACGCCCACACGGCCAUCAAUCAAACCUGUCCCCGUGCCCUUCGGCGCAGAUAUGGAGCCCGUCUUCGCCGCGGCGGUUCCCUUCUACGAAGCUGCCUUGCACCAAUCCAAUGCCUCGGGGUAACCAAUUAG